AUGAGGAAGAACCACAAGGAGAUUUUGUACAAGCAAGAAGCUUCUGGAAACACUGAAAAUCGGCCACUCAGAGGAAGCUUAGCAACUCUUCAUUCUCAAGCCUUGGCCCUUUCCCAAAACAUGGAGGAUGAGCCCACAUUUCAGGAGCCACUGACCUUCAAGGAUGUGGCUGUGGUCUUCACUGAGGAGGAGCUGGGGCUGCUGGACCCUGCCCAGAGGAAGCUGUACCGAGAUGUGAUGCUGGAGAACUUCAGGAACCUGGUCUCUGUGGGACAACAACCUUUCAAACCUGAUAGGAUAUUCCAUUUGGAACAAAACAAAGAGGCUUGGGUGAGAGGUGGAGAAACUCAACGAGAUGUAUAUCCAGGAGACAAGAAUGGAAAGGAUAUGGAGUAUGUUCAAGAAAAAGAAUUAAGGUUUCUUUCACACAAAGAGCUCUUAUAUUGGAAAAUCUGGGAACAGGUGGCUCAUCAAGUACCUAGGAAUCAGGACCAUCCAGUGAAUCUUCAAGGGAAAGAUUUCCAGUUAGAAGAUGCUGCUCCCUGCCACGUGUGGGAAGGAGUGUCUACGUGGGGUUUUCAAACUGAGAAUUUGGUAGACAGUCUACCAGAGGAUGGGCCCAUCAGGGUAGAAAAGCAGGAGUUCCCAUCCUGCACAGCUGUAAGACCAGUCCCUACUCAAGAGUCUUGGAUGAAAGAUUUUGUGAAUGAACCAGGGAAUGUUCAAGAAGGAUGUACAAAACUCUACAUGGAAGACCCAAUAUAUAAACAUGAUUGGGAAGAUUACAGCUUCCACUAUGGGUUAUCACAUUGUCAUGAUACCCACAGAUUCUCUGCAAAAGAUAAGCCAUGUACUUGUGAUAAAUAUAGACAAAACUGCUUCCAGAAGUCUGCACUUCAUUACUCUAACCAUGGAGGGAAUGGUUUUAAAAGCAAUGAAUGUGGCUUCAGGGAUGACUCAAACCAUCCCACCCAUCCAAGAAUGCCCUUCAAAGAGAAACCCUGUAAAUUUCAUGAGUUUGGUAAGGGCUUGAGGCAGAGUGACUGUCUUGACUACCAUAAAAGAAUACCCACAGAAGAGAAAUCCUGUAAAAGUCUGGACCAUGGUCCGGGCUUCGGGCUGAACACACACAUUCACAGCCAUCCCAGAAUCCCUGUGGGAGAGACACCCUACAGAUGCGAAGUCUGUGGGAAAGGGUUUAGGUAUAAAUCAGUUCUGCUUAUUCAUCAAGGGGUGCACACAGGAAAGAAACCCUAUAAAUGUGAGGAAUGUGGGAAGGCCUUUGGCCGGAGCUCAAACCUGCUUGUCCAUCAGAGGGUUCACACUGGAGAGAAACCUUAUAAAUGCAGCGAGUGUGGGAAGGGCUUCAGUUACAGUUCGGUGCUUCAAGUCCAUCAGAGGCUGCACACGGGGGAAAAGCCCUACACGUGCAGUGAGUGUGGCAAAGGAUUCUGUGCCAAGUCAGCACUGCACAAGCAUCAGCACGUCCAUCCUGGGGCAAAGCCUUAUAGCUGUGGCAAGUGUGGAAGGGGAUUCAGCUGUAACUCCCACCUCAGCAAUCACCAGAAAACACACACAGGUGAGAGGCCCUACCAAUGUGACAAGUGUGGUAAAGGUUUUAGUCACAACUCGUACCUUCAAGCUCACCUGAGGGUUCACAUUGGGCAGCACCUCUAUGAAUGUGAUGUGUGUGGUAAGAGUUUCAGUUACAGCUCAGGGCUUCUCAUGCAUCAGAGGCUGCACACAGGAGAGAAACCCUACAAAUGUGAAUGUGGGAAGGGCUUCGGCCGGAGCUCAGACCUCCACAUCCAUCAGAGGGUCCACACGGGAGAGAAACCAUAUAAAUGUGGUGAAUGUGGGAAGGGCUUCCGGCGGAGUUCAGACCUUCACAGUCAUCAGAGGGUCCACACAGGAGAGAGACCCUACGUCUGUGAUGGGUGUGGGAAGGGGUUCAUUUACAGCUCUGACCUCCUUAUCCACCAGAGGGUCCACACAGGCGAGAAACCCUAUAAAUGUGCUGAGUGUGGCAAAGGCUUCAGUUACAGCUCAGGGCUUCUCAUUCACCAGCGAGUCCACACAGGUGAGAAACCUUAUAAAUGCCAGGAGUGUGGAAAGGGUUUUCGGUGCACCUCAAGCCUUCACAAACAUCAGCGAGUCCACACGGGAAAGAAGCCCUAUACGUGUGACCAGUGUGGCAAGGGAUUCAGUUAUGGCUCCAAUCUUCGCACUCACCAGCGGUUACACACGGGAGAGAAACCCUACAUGUGUUAUGAAUGUGGAAAGGGCUUCAGAUAUGGCUCAGGUCUCCUCAGUCACAAGAGAGUACACACUGGUGAGAAACCAUAUAGAUGUGACAUAUGCGGGAAGGGCUACAGUCAGAGCUCACAUCUCCAAGGUCAUCAGAGGGUCCACACUGGUGAGAAACCCUGUAGAUGUGAGGAGUGUGGGAAGGGCUUUGCUCGCAGCUCCUGCCUUCACGUCCAUCAGAGGGUCCAUACUGGAGAGAAGCCCUAUAAGUGUGGAGAGUGUGGGAAAGUCUUCAGUUACAGCUCAGGUCUGCGAAACCACCAGAGAGUCCACGUAGGUGAGAAACCUUCUAAGUAG